AUGCUCGCAUACAACGGGCACCACGACUUGGUAAUUCGCCCGGACGACAUUUGGGCUGCGAUUAUGAUCCAGUUCGGUCGCUACGUCAACGGUGCCCCGGAUGAUGUGAAGUCGACGAUCAUCCAUUCUGGCUCGAGCGCCAACCUUAUCUUUAAGAUCCCGGACGUCAACAGUGUCAACUAUGAUGAAAUCGCAGCCGCCUUGGUGGUGCGCAUGCAGUCACAUCUCGUCGACCCGGCUUUACUCGAAUGGAUGCUUCCCAGCUUCACGACAUCGACACCGCACGACACGAUCAUCGGAAGCGUCGCCAUGCUCGCGUCGAUGGACGAGUCCGUGUGCUCGAUGCCCACAAUGCAGUGUGGGAUCCCACAUGUGACACUGCUCGGCACGGUUGCCGACUGGAUGGACAUUCGUGCCCGUGCUCAGCGCUUUGCGGCACUCGGUCUUCCGGGAUGGGCCAAGAUGUUGCACUCGAUCCUCGACAAAUUCGUGGCGGCAACCGAGGGCAGCGUGGACGAGGACUUCUGGCAACACAUGGUGCUUGAUGGCGACGUCUCGGGCGCGCGCUAUAUCGGCGGCUGGAUUUGCGUCUUUUGCGUCUUUGCCAACGACGGCGCGUGGCAAUGCGCGAAGAGCUGGACGAGCAUCGAGACGGCGCAUGACGAUAAGGACAAAUACCCGACGCUGCGCCUGGACCAAGUGCCCGCUGGGUACGUCGUUGUCGACGUCAAGCUUGAAGACGAGUCGGGCUGCUACGACACGGUGCUUCUCGCGGGUCACAUGGCAUACGGCGUCCAAGACGGAGCGACGAUCGUGCCUCAGCUCGGACAGAUGUUGCGCUUGUCACCGAAACUCCGAACGCACAGCUCUCCCAGACAGAAGUGCCCGAUGACAUAA